GAAGGACAUAGCCGCACCGGAGAGGAGGAGUUGGGGAAGUACUGCAUAACUACAGAGUAUACUACCAAAAGAAUACAGAGAGGUUUGCCUCAUUGUCCGGCCAGUAACGUCCGUCAACGGCAGAUGAAUUGGACUAAUUCGAAUAUGGACCAAAUUCCUCAGCUUUGAUUAACCUUUCUGACAUUACUUGGCUGCCGUUCCCGUUUCAGUGAAUUUCUGCGCUAAUUGCUCUGAGGUCUUACGACGCCUUGUAUGGGUGCCCCUAAGCAGAAGUGGACUCCGGAAGAGGAAGCUGCCCUUAAAGCUGGCAUUGCCAAGUAUGGGCUUGGUAAAUGGAGUACUAUACUCAAAGAUCCUGAGUUCAGCAACAUCUUGCAAGCACGUUCAAACGUUGAUCUUAAGGAUAAAUGGAGAAAUAUAAACGUGAUGCUGAAUGGAUUCGGUUCUCGGCAGAGGGGUAAAGUUGCAGUGAAAAAUGCAAAGAAUCCCAUACCUGAGAACAACUCUUUGGUCGUUACUACAGUGACUCCCCAGGUUUCAGAAGUUACUGAUGUCAAACCUAUUGCAGUAAUCAGCAAUGAAGAAGUUCCAAAUCCAGUUAUUGAUGUCAAACCCAGUUCCAUAGAAUACUUUCCAAGGUUGGAUGAUCUUGUUCUAGAAGCUAUCACCAAGUUGAAGGAACCGCGUGGUUCUAGCCGCGCUUCUAUUGCUCAGUACAUUGAGAAGCAUUACCCGGAACCUCUGAAUUUGGAUAUACUUGGAGAAAGUUUGAAGGGUCUUACAGAUAAAGGAAGAUUGAUUAAGGUGAAGCAUCAGUAUAGGAUUGCACCAAGUUCAACUGCAUUAGAUUUAAGGAGAGAUUCUCCCAUUUUGCUUUUAGAGGGUUUGAAGAAGGACUCUUCCAAGGUGGAGAAUGGUGGAGUCAGAAUUUUGACUAAGGCUCAGAUUGAUGCUGAGCUAGAGAUGAUGAGAAACAUGACUCCACAAGAGGCUGCUGCUGCAGCUGCCCAAGCAGUUGCAGAAGCUGAAGCUGCCAUGGCUGACGCUGAAAUGGCUGCACGGGAUGCAGAAGAUGCAGAAGCAGAGGCCGAAGCUGCAAGGUGUUUUGCUGAAGCGGCACAGAAAGCAUUGAAGUCUAAUAGAGCUGUCCGUGUCUGGUAAAAUCAACCUCAAAAUGCUAUCUCCUAUCGUACCUUUUGUUGUACCAAUGUAUUUCUUGCUCUAGCAUCACUGAUCUGGCCUAGGGUAUAAAAUGGAUUAGUUUACGGGUUAAAAAAUUAGGUUUAUACUUAGAGAUGUAUGACACUCUCUUAGUGGAAACUUAACAUGACUUCCUUUUGACAUGGGAUUGCCUAGAGGAGCUGUAAUUGAUUUACUUACAAAUAUAUUAUGUCCAGAAUACGGGAUAUGAGCUUGGCAUUCUAUAAUGGGUGUCCUCCCACAAAUAUUUGUACUUCUAGGCUAUUGCAUACUGCUUUAGGGUUACUACAGUGCUCCUUCCGCUUUGUCCAGGCCCAAACAUCUUAACUUUGUAUGGUGACCGAAUUCUGCCAAUGUUUUGUGGGGGAGUUUUCAAAUGUGAAAGAGCUCGGGGCCCAUUUUUUAUCACGUUUCCAUGUCACUUGUUUAGUAUUUAAUUUACAAAUAAUUCUCAUAGGUGUAUCAUAUUAUCGACGAAUCACAAACCUUGACCACUGGUAAGAGGAUGGAUUGUUAAGAUGGACUAAUAGAUGUAUCCUAAACUUUUUGCAGAUUUUUUGCCUCUUUGGUCACUGGAACUGAACUGCUCCUGAGAUGUGGCAUCCUUCCUCCUCACCCUUCUUGCAAGCGUGUGAAUAUUUGUGUAAAUCUGGCUUUUGUGAAUAGGUCUUGAGCUCCACAAGCAUCUGUAGUUAGAAUUAAAUUGAAGAAAAAUUUUGCACCUAGACGAGAUUUGUUUGAAAAUUUGACUGCUGUCAAAUGCCCUAAACUGUUAGCUAAUUCAAAAAGGUUUUAUAGUCCAUUGGUUUUCUUCUUCUACUCCUUUUUUUUUAUUUUUUAUUUUUCCCUAACCUCAUAAAUGGAGAGGGUUUAUUUGAGUUUCCAUCCUGAUCCCUGACAUCAAGAAUAUGAAAUGUUGAAGCACUAGGAAG